AUGAUUACUACUGAAAUAAAUUCAAAAGACCCUAUUGCUAAUAUGAGCUUGAAUGAAAAUUAAGUAGAGGACAGGGAAAAUAAGAGUCCAAAUGAGUUCAUAGUUGUAGAGGUUGAGAAAUAAUAGGAAUAAUCCGCAUUGUAAGAGAUCUAUGAAGAAUAAUUAGACAAGCAAUAAUUGAAGCUCAAGGAAAUGGAGAGAUUGGAAAGAAUCAAAAAAAUACCAAUCACUUUGAAAAGAUAGCUCUCUACAAUUAAUGAAUUGUCAGACCAAUCUAUCAAUAAUAGUUAUUCUCCUCAAAUUGAUGUUGAACAUCAUCAACCUAAAAUACUCAAUAAAGAUAUUUUAUUUCAAAUCCUGGAAGAAAAAAAUAAACAAGCAGAGCAAAUCUAGGUAGAUAAGCAAAAAUAACAAAAGAAGAAAUUGAAGAAGAAAAAGAAGAAAAAGCAAUUAUCUCGACAAUAAACCUAAACAUCCUUGCCUAUUCCAGAGAUUAAAUACCAAUAAAAUAUCAACUUCAAAUAUUAUUACGGAGAUAAGAGAAUAGAUUGUAGUUGGAAAUUAUUGUUUAGUUAUUUUACAAUCAUAAUAUUAAGUAAUAUCACCCUUUAAACUAUUGAGAUAAUCAGGUAUUCUGAAAGUGUGUGUAAACUAAAAGGAAUGGAGAAUGUAUUUAUUUAUGCGAAUUAAUUAUUCUAUAUCUUGGGGAAGAUUGGAUUGUUAAGUUUAAACUAUCAAGAAUUUACAAAUACCUUACCUAAUAAAUCCAAAAUUCCCUUAUUCAAUUCAGUUGUCUUUAGCUCAGUCUUUGUUGUGUUAUCAAUGCCAUUAUACGUUUUUGAUUUUGUCUCAUGUUAACCACGGAGUAAAUUGAUAACCCUAUAAGAGAGUCUUCAAAUAUUGAACUUUUUUGAUUGGGGAAUGAUAGCAGUUUUGGCAAUCAUAAUUAUUAUGCAUUCCUGUCUGAAGAUUUCACUUAAAAAGAAAACCUGGAAGAAAUUGAAAAAAUUUCUCAAAGUGAUCUAUUAUCUAUUAUUACUCCUUGUACAUCUUCUAUAAGUUUUAGUCACUGCGACUUAAAACUUUAAACCCUUUAUGCCUGCCAUGAUAAUGGAAAACUUUUAUCUUUGUUUUUCCCUCUUGGCAAUGAUCUAUUUAUCAAUUAGAAAGUUCUGUUUUCAUCAAGAACCCUUUCAAUUCACACAUCAAAAACUGUCUAAUGAACCUGUGAUAUUAAUUUCAGAUGAGAAAUUGAAUAAUUGGGGAUAAGAAGAGAAAUUCUCAGAUAACGACUCCGUUAAAUAGAGUAAGAGAGCAAAACUAAGUCCAUCCACAAGUUAAUUCAAUAGUCAAUAAAUUCCAAACACUAAUUUUCUGCCUUAAAAAGACUGA